CAACCAUAGAACGUAUAGUAUAAGUAUAUACUAAUUGCACGCCUUUUAGUUAAAAAUUAUUAACAAUUAUUGUUAUUUCUACGUGUAGUAUAAUGUAAUUUUCUCUAAAUGCGACUAACCUGUUUGAUAUAUAAACGCUGGAAUUUUACAUGUUUAAACGAGAACCAUUCGCGGUUCUAAACGAAAUGAACGAACUUAGUGAGUGUAUAAUAUUGCAUAAAAAUUAAAUGAUGCCGACAACGAAUAAAAUAAUAGUUCAAACAGUCGAAGGUCAACUGCAAGGAUGCAUAAAGGAAAAUUUAGAUGGCGAGAAAUUCUUCUGUUUCCUGGGAGUUCCUUAUGCCCAACCACCUGUAGGAAAUCUUCGAUUUAAAGACCCCCGACCUCUUCAAAAGUGGUCGGGUAUCAAAGAUGCCACUAAAGAAGGUGAACCAUUUAUCCAAAAGGACACAUUAAUUACUAUGACAAAUCUUGUUUUUGGCGGUGAAGAUGGUCUUCACCUAAAUUUAUUUACCAAAAAGCUCAAUUCCCAAGAGUCCAAAUUGAAUCCUGUUAUGGUAUGGAUUCACGGUGGAGGUUUUAGAGAGGGAAGAAACAACACAGACGUUCAUGGACCAGAAUUCCUUAUGUUAGAAGAUAUUGUACUAGUUUGCAUUAAUUACCGAUUAGGAAUUUUAGGUUCACUAAAAUUAGAUGACCCAUCCCUAGAAGUUCCUGGAAACGCUGGGUUAAAGGACCAAAUCGAAGCUUUGAAAUGGAUCCAAAGGAAUAUCAGGAACUUCGGAGGUGAUCCAAAAAAUGUUACAAUUUUUGGAGAAAGUGCUGGGGCUGCAUCUGUGCACUUUUUGGUUCUAUCGCCGCUUGCUAAAGGUCUUUUUCAUCGAGCAAUCCUCCAAAGCGGUUCCGCCAUUAAUAAUUGGGCAGUCGGUCCCAAGUUCCUUCCCAAAAUAUUAGCAGCAGCAAACAAGAAAAAUGUAAGCGAAAAAGAAGCUCUUGAUUACUUGAGGAGUUUAAGCUUAAGGGAAUUGUUGCAUAUGCAAGUCAAUAAUACCGAUGCGUUUGGUGGAUCAUAUUCGCCUAUGAUUGAAAAAGAAAGCCCCACUGCUUGUAUUACGAAGGAACCAAUCGAAUACAUAACAUCCGGAGAGUACAAUAAAGUUCCGAUGAUGAUGGGAUAUUGUUCGUUUGAAAUGCUUUUUAUCAAAGCUCUGUUUCCUGAAGAAUUGAAAUAUUACAAUCACGAAAUGAUAUUUUCCAAAUCGUUGAAAAUAGAUGAAACCGAUAAUUUGGUCCAAAAUUAUCUGCCUAAAUUAAAGGAGCACUAUGAAGAAAAUGAAAGGGGUUCAUUAGAGCUAGCAUCAGACGCCUUCUUUUCUAUGGGGGUGAUAGGAGCUGCGAUUAAUCAUGCCAAAACAUCCAACCAACCCGUAUACUUAUACCAAUUUUCCCUCGACACAGAACGAAAUUACGUAAAAGUUAAAAAAAAUAUUAAGGAUCGAGGUAAAAUUUGCCAAAGAAAAUACCACUUAUGGCUCAACAAAUUUGCUAUUUUAGGCUGCAGUCACUUAGAUGAUACCGGUUACCUGUUCAAAACAACGCUUCCGCUGCCGAGAAAAGGAUCAGAGGCAGAUAAAUACGUCAGGCGAAUCGUGAAAUUGUGGACUAGUUUCGCGAAAUACGGGAAGCCUACUUUAGAAACGGACUAUGGAACUGUUGAUUGGAAACCUGUGGAAAGAGAUGUUACUUACUAUGUUGAUAUCGAUAAAAAAUCAGAACUAAAAAUUAAUCCCAAACGUGAAAAAGUCGAAUUUUGGAAGCGAGUUUACCGAGAGAAUUCCUCCACAGCCAAUUAUUUAUAGUUAAAAGUAUACCAAAAUAUAAUGUUAACAGUUUUAUGUGACAAAGUGUGGUGUAAAAUAAAAUAAAUAUU